CUUUGUUCCUCCCUUCCCUCCGUUCCGUUUGUCUCGCCGUGUCUUCAAAGUACUUAUGGCAUAAAUAAUGGACGGGCGCGUUGUUUAGUACGGAUGCUGCAUUGCUUGCUGUGCUGUACGAAGCACAUAAGUCCGUGAGCUAAAUCGUAAGAUGAAGUGUUCUGUGUAUACAUGGAUUCAGUGUGUAUAUGUGUUUGUUUAUUUAACAUACAUAUUCUGCCUAUAUAGAGAGUAUAAUAGGCCAUUGGACUGUAACAGCAACGCAGCAUUGAAUAUGAGAAAAAGCUUGAUAUUAUGAAUAAAGCUAACUUGAGGCAGAAGGCUAAGCUGUCGCUGAUCAUACAUACAAAGAAGGAGUAACGUGAGCCGUCACCCUUAAAAGAAAUUGCUGGCUCUUUCGUGUGUGUGCAUGCAUGCAUGCCUGCAUGCAUGUGUUAGUGUGCAUCCCCGUUAAAAGUACUUGGUCUACAAAAGAAAAAAAAAUCAUUUUGUCUGGUACUUGCUGCUUUAAAUUAUAAGAGACAGUCACCGCAAAAAAAAAAAAAAAAAACAUGCCAUAUGAAACAACGUCAAUUACGAAAGUCAAUACGCUGAGUCAGAACAACGCGUUUAGGGACCCUCUCUAGGAAGGAGCCUAAAGUUUCUACGCAAAUCAGACAAACGUCCACGCAGAGCUCGAACAGAAACAUUCGGUAGCCGUGUUGGUGGUCUGGCGAGCGUAAUUCAUAAUCUGUCCCACAUAGUAUUUUAUUGUGCGCUGAUCAGUACUAUUGUAUCUGAGCCUAUUUAACAGUAUUGUAAACAAAAAAGUGCUGCAUGCCCUAGGAGAGGGAGCUCCUGAUAAUUAGACUUGUUUAUUCGUGGUAACACAGGCCACGUGUGCCAUACUAUAGUACUAUAGUAUACUGUAGUACUAUACUAUACUACCAUACUAUAGUGCGAAUUAUCAUGCGCUACUCUGAACACUUUCAUCACAUGAAGACGUUCGGCUUAAGACGGCAUAUUCGCCCGGUCGUUUCGGAGUGUCGUCAGAGCGUUCUGAUGGCCAUCUAAUACAAGAAAGUGCGGUUAUAGAGACAAAACAUAUCACUAGCGUUAUUGCGGCUUCGUUGGCAUUGUGUAGCGACAUUACUGUCACGAUGAAGCUCAUAUCAACGAUAUUGCCAGCUUAGCGAGCGUGCACGGAAACCACCAGUCCAGUGUGCUAUUAUAGGAUGACGCCGUGUGCUUCCGGACUCAUAGGGUCGCUGCGAGUUUUCCCGCUGUCUCAAUAGAUGGCGCUGGCGUUUCAUUGUGUACUCCCCCCCUCCUCCUUUCGGCUCGAACACGCGCGCGCUCCUCGAGCGGAUUCGCAUUCGCUGACCAGGUGCUCAGACCCACGGUGCUCAAUCCUUCAGCGAAAGCGCAGGGCACUUUCGCGGUAGUCCGCGCUUGUAGGGCUUGCGAGUUCCUCAGCUCUUAAAGUCUUUAAAGCCUUCAAGCUACUUCUCGUACACUCAAACAAGAAGUUACUUGCGGAUACCCGAAAUAAUGGAGUUUCAGAUUCUCAAACCGAAGCUUCUUCUUACGAAAGUAUUUGUGUUGUUGUCAGUUGCAUUUAUUUCGGCAUCGACUGGCGACGGACGAAAAGGAACAGGACCAUUUCCUCCGUCACCGCUAAGGCUAAGCCAUCUGGAAGGCGAGCAGACGUCACUUCCUUGCCCCAUCAACAUGGCGUCGAAAGAACCCGUCUCUGUCGUCUGGUUCCGCGUAGCAGACGUCAAGCUGAGCUCGUCCAGCGGCUUACCUCAAAGCAUUGACACCAGCCAGGCACCAAAGAAAGUUUACGCACUGGUGGCUCCCGAGCCACCAACGAUCACAGUGUUGGGAGCAGCUGUUGGACUAGUUGACGGUGCUCACUGGAAGCAGCUAUCGUGGAUCGGCAGGGCGUUCUUUUCACUGCUGAGCGAUCCGCCCGCUUUGCUCCUCAACCAACUGAAUCGCUCUGACACCGGAAGUUACGUGUGCAACGUUUCGUACCGCGGUGAGAACGUAACCGACGUGGGUGUAACCAUAACAGAGGCCAUCGUCGAACUGUUCGUCGCAGUUCCUCAGCAGCCGCCGGUUAUUAAGGACUCCCAAGGUAACCGGCUGCUUGCGACAGCAGGACCUUACGCUGAAGGCGACACCGUGCGAUUGACCUGUGCAGUGCCGGCCGCCGACCACAAACUCACGCUCGCAUGGAGGCGAAACGGCCAACCGCUGCGCUCAACGCCUGCUACCGUUGCGACGCAUAGCGGAGGAUGGGCGAACCAUCUCGACCUCGGCCCUCUAUUCCGCGAAGAUUUGUUCGCGAACAUCAGCUGCGUGGUGACCAGUGACGUCACUCUGCCUGUAGAAAGCUCGGUGCUUAUCGACAUGUACCUGCCGCCUGCUGAAGUUUCCAUCUGGAGCGGGCCUCAUAUGAGCAUUGACACCUCUGAAUGGGCUAUAGUCGCUCCCUCGGCAACUGGGGCUACGUCUUCGGCUCGGGCUUCCACAUCAUUUCAUGAGCCUAGGAAGGGUAGCUCGCCCGUCUUCCAUGGAACCUCUCGGCCUGGAAAUGUGGAUCCGGAUUUGGCUACCGGUUUCUACGCCCCGCGCAGCUUCGAGUGCGAGGCAACCGGAAGUCGUCCAGCAGCAAACAUCACCUGGUUUCUGGACGGAGUGCUGCUGGACGAGCGUCUGAGUCACACUCACACCGAUGGCAACGUGACGGCAAGCGUACUUCUCCUGUUGACUCAGAAGCACGCGGGAAAGCUUCUCGAAUGUCGGGCGAGCAACGACAAUUUGAGGGAACUCCGAGGAGUGCUGAGUCGCUAUUUGGACGUGAACGUGUCAAACAAGCCGGAAGUUAGCGUCAAGCUAGGCGCCGGUCUCAACGCCAGCCACAUUGCGGAGGGAUUGGACGUGUACAUGGAGUGCUCCGUCCUCGUCGCUUGGAGAGUCGCCGACGUCGCGUGGAGUCGCGACGGGCUGGAUCUGGUGGGCGCGGACCUCGACGAGGACACGGUGGCGACGUCUCGCUACUUGGUGAUCCGGCGGGUGACACCCCGACACUCCGGAAGCUACUCGUGCCGAGUCACCAGCACCCACGGAGACACCCUCGAGAGCACGCCGCUUCUCAUCCGCGUCAGAUACCCUCCGAGGUGCGAUUCCGAGGAAGACCGCAUCGUGCACGUCGAUAAAGACGCCGUCGUCAACGUUACCUGCGGCGUGCGAGCUGAUCCCAGCGACGGCCUGCGCUAUUUCUGGCGGCUCGCGGAGAACGCCACGGACGGCACCAAAGCCACGGGAAGAAGCCCGCCUGCCCGGCGCAAGCAAGCGCGCUUGCCGCUCCUCACGACAUCGAACCGCCUGGAGAUCAUCGCCAACGCUUCGCUCUUGAAUGCGGCGCUAGCAUGCUGGGCAGAGAACGCCGCGGGAACUCAGAAGAGACGCUGCCGAUUCAAGUUCGUAUACAAGGGUCGGAACUCGCCUGCUCUGACGUGCAGCGUGGGAAACUACACCGACAGCUCGUUCUCGCUGACCUGCUUCGCGCCUCUCGCCAACGGCACGACGGCGACGUCAACGAAAUUGAAACAGGAACAGGCACUCCUAGUUCAAGUGCUUGACACCAGGAGGGGCAACCGGUCUGAACGGAGCUUCUGGAGCGCGGACCUGGGUCCAAUACUCGUCGACCGACUCCGCUCUGCCACCGACUACUUGGUCGUGGUUCGAAUGCCUCCGGAGGCGAGCUUUCGGACCUACGUGCGCACCCUGGGCCCGGCCCAAACCCUGAUGGGUCAAGGAGAUGUCAAGAGGAACACUCCUGGCGGAAGCUCGACGCUUGCCCUGAGUGUCGUCGUGCUGGCGUGCGGCCUCGCCGUCGCACUGGUGGCACUGAUCGGCAUUUACUGCGCGUCCUUCCGCGAUAAGUGGAGGAGGAAGCGGCAAAAGCCACCGGACAAGGAUUACAAGAGCGACACCGGCUCCGCUGGUCGUGGGGACCUUGAACCUUCGCACAUUCGAGACCACAAGGCCUACCUCACCGCGACGGAUAGCUGCUGACACCUCAGAGCGCAAGCGCAGUGUAAAACCCGACCCGGAUCGAUAGUCAUCGAUAGCGGAGGGCAGGGCCACGGAUAUUUGGUGAUGCGGAACGCCGUUCGAUGAUGAUCGGAGCAGCUGAGGAAGCUAGCUAAUAGCGGACGCUAAUUGACAUUAGCGAGCUUAAUUGACAUUAGAGAGCAGCACGGUAAGAUGUUGCCGGUGCUGUAGACGGCAGUGGCAACGCUGUGAGCGACUUUCGUGACGCUUUGUGCAACCGCAGCUUCUUAGAAAUGUUUGUUACAUUGGCGUUCUUGUCGAAAAAAAAAAAGAGAAAGGAACUGC